UCCUCUCCCGCAGGGGGCGCUGCGCAGCGCGGGAGCCGGCUCCGGUGCCGCUCUAGCCGCUGACAACACCGGCGGGCGGCGCAAGAUGGCGGAGGAGGCGUCUGUGUGCAGCUUCGUGUUCAAGAAGCGGGGCCUGGCGGCGGGCAGGGGCCGGAGGAAGCGGCCCAGCAGCGACCAGGAGCAGGAGAGCAGCGGCGAGGAGGGCAGCACGGUGGUGCGGAAGGAGCGGCGGCGGGACACCCCCAACCCCAUGAUCCAGAAGACCAGGGGAUGCAUGAAGGAGAGGUCUGCGUACGCCGUGAGCAGCAGUGACGAUGAGGAGCCGUCAAAGGAGAUCGGAGUCACUUACAAAUCGACAAGGUCGGCGAAACCUGUUGGCCCAGAAGACAUGGGAGCCACAGCAGUGUAUGAGCUGGACACGGAGAAGGAGAAGGAUGCCCAGGCCAUCUUUGAGCGCAGCCAGAAAAUCCAGGAGGAGCUGAGAGGAAAGGAAGAUGACAAAAUUUACCGUGGUAUUAACAACUACCAGAAGUAUGUGAAGCCUAAGGACACAUCAAUGGGAAACGCCUCCUCGGGAAUGGUCAGAAAAGGACCCAUCCGCGCUCCGGAGCACUUGCGGGCCACGGUGCGGUGGGACUACCAGCCUGACAUCUGCAAGGACUACAAAGAAACUGGCUUCUGUGGCUUCGGAGACAGCUGCAAAUUCCUCCACGACCGUUCGGACUACAAACACGGCUGGCAGAUCGAACGGGAGCUGGAUGAAGGCCGGUACGGAGUCAACGAUGAUGAGAACUAUGAGGUGAGCAGCGAUGAGGAGGAUAUGCCUUUCAAAUGCUUCAUCUGCAGAAGUUCCUUCAAGAACCCCGUGGUCACCAAGUGUAGGCACUACUUCUGCGAGAGCUGUGCCCUCCAACACUAUCGCAAAUCCCAGCGCUGCUACGUCUGCGACAAGCAAACCAACGGCGUCUUCAACCCGGCAAAAGAGCUCAUGGCAAAAUUGGAAAAACAUAAAGCAGAGGAAGAGGAGGAAGAAGAGCAGCAGCACUCAGAGCACGGAGAGGAUCCGCAGUAGCAGAGCACUGUUUUGUAUGUAGCUGAAUAAAGCUUUUUUGGGAGUAAAGAAAACAAACCUCACAGCAGUUGCCUUGGGGCCAGCAGCUACUAAAGGUGUCCUGCCUGUGCCAGACCCCUUGGUUGCUGCUUUGUGAAGGUAAGGUCAGACUCGAGGGUCGUGGCUGAGCCGGGCUCUGCUGCCACCAGGCCAGCAGCCCUGGGGAAGGAGCUGUUGGAGCUCUGCACGCUCUGUUACUUCGUCGUUUCUUUUUUUGACCGAGGUGCUGCUGUUUCACUCCUCACUUCGUACUGUCCUGCAAGUCCAUAAUCUUUGUGCAUGGAAAGGGAUGAGAAAUCCUAGCUUGUCUGAAGUUCAUCCUUCACCCUAAAAAUGCUAACUUGGGGAAAGCAGGCCAGAGGGCUGCAGUUAUUUGUGAUUUAUUAUCACUCAGUGUCUUCCUUUCUGCCUGCUCUUAGUUCCUAGAAUUCGACAGGCUUAGAACUUCAGUGGCAACACUUGUAUCACCCCUGUUUGGUGGGGAAACCCAGCUCCAAACCCAACAGCUGCUCUGUGUCACUAACUCUCUACCAGCUUUCAGUUUCUACCGAGACUUUCAGAAAAGAGCAAGAGCAGUUGGUUGGAGCUUCUUGCUUGAGUUGAAGGAAAUAUGUUUUUGAAAAAAUGAAGGCAGUUACAACUAAUAGUGCUGCGAGCAACAGCUUUUUAAGUAAGGAAAUGAGAGGAAACAGCAGACUUAACAAACUUCAGAAAUAUUUUAUUUGUUUUGGCAAAAAACUAGAGUAACAAACUUUAUCUGGGUUCAAGUACAGUUUAUAAACACAAGAGGGACCUGUUGCCAGCACUGCUACUCCCAUCAGCCACCUCCGGGGCACUGAGAACGGGAAGUCCUCCAGCACCCACGGUCCUUGGAAGGGACAAACUAAAAGCCUUAAAUACCGUGGAACGGGGGAGAGUCACACAGCCAGGAGUCGAGGGGAGCCACGUGAGAAAAGCUUUUACCUGUCGUUCAGUCAGGAAAGGCAGAACAGCAAUAGUAACAGAAGGCUCAACAUCAAUUCUAUACAUGAUGUUCAAAAAGGAGUCGUGAGCAAGAGGAUUUAGCAUCAAAGUCAAGUUACUUUUCCUCUGUGCCAGGGUAACUGGAGAAAGGCAGUGCUGCAGAGGAAUGCCCGAUGCGAGUGUGCCGGGAAUAAAAGCAGGUUGUCUUCGAUCUCCCCUUGUCCAUCACAAAGCAGUGACUGAGUUUCAGAACAUAAUCCCUAUUUACCCCACCCUCAAAACAUCCCCUGUGCCAGCAAUGUGACGAGCUCUGAGAAAAUGCCCAAAAGCUAAGAGUUGCCUGCCUCCCCUAAGGCACCCUGGAAAGAGAAAGAACCAAAGAGGGGAGGGACACGCAGCCUUCAGCUGUGAUAUGAGGAAGCCAGUGAUUCUUAAAAAAAACAUAAAUAGAGACUAAACAGACUUGCUCAACCCGUUCAAGUGAUCUACCAGCGCUCAGCUGCAAGAACUGGGGCUCUGGAAUACUCCACAGUCCCCAGGGUCGAGCCUUUCCCAGCUCAGCUCUGUCCAUUUGUUUCCAGGCUACUUCUUGAGUAAACAGACAGUUGAAGUUCCUUCCCAAGGACCUGUAAACUCUUCUAUGUGUAAUUCAUCACCUUUUAUGAACAGGACCGAUAAAUUAAAAUGUCCAGAAAGCUCCUCCAGAACCAGGUAUAGUCCCAGUUUUUUCUAGAAUUCCCAGUCAUCCACAUCCAACUGCUCCAGGUUUGACACCAGCCCAAAAAUCCCACUGGGAUCCUGGGGCCGCGUUCCUUCAAAGCUGGUGAUGGGGGUGACGGGGCGCAGGAGUUCAGGGAGCGCUUCGGACGCACGGCGCUUGAUCUGCACAGAAAGGAGAGAACUCGGCUGCUGAAACGCUUCCCCGCAGCUGCCAGUCACAGAUGUGCAGAACAACGUGUGGUUAUAGGCAGAAAUCAAGAACACAGGAUUAUCUGGGGAUGUGCAGGGCUUUUGUGCAGCAUCUUGUAACAACAAAGCGCUUUGGUGCCACAAAGCACCACCCGAAGCCUCAAAUCAAGCCAGACAAAUGGUUUCAGGGGCAGUAGAGCCUCUGUCUUGUACCAUGCCAGGGCUGGAGCUGCCACGCAGCUAUAAGCGACACACAGGUCACUAAGGACCAGUACUCAGCAGCAGAUUUACCAAGCUGAACUAAAAUUAGUGGCCAAACUAACUCAAUCCUUUCAGAUCACAGAAAAUUCAGCAAGUCAACAUUUCCACCCUCUGAUUCAGUGACACAGCAAGACAGCAAAACUACAGAAAAGCCCCUGUUCUUUAUCUGCAGAUUAAAUGAGUUCCUUACCUGCUUGAAGAAGGGAUGAUUAAGCAGAGUGCCUGCACUUGGCCUGUAGAAGGGAGUUAGAACAAAGUAAGCACGCAAGAAAAUGCAUCCGUGUUUAAAGUCAGUGCUAGUGGAAGUUCAACCUUAUUCUGUGCAAGUUACCUACUUACACAGCCCAGCAUUCGGUCAAGAGUUUCAGAACAGUGGGGUGUGCUAGAGAGGUCUGUCGUGGCUACAGACGACCUUACACUCGCUACAGAGCAGCUUGUGAUCGCGUCCUAUCGUUACUCUCUGCUGACACUCACUGCGACGGGAACCGGGUGAACGGUCUCACAGGGACCAAAAAGUCAAGUUGGUAAGUUUAUUUUCCCAACACGUAGCAACUCUGCCCCACUUGCAAAGUAAUUAUUAAAGUGCUCUUAUGGAAAGUG